UGGAUAGGUUGUCAUUUAUACUUUGGUGUCUCUGGAAGGGUUCUUUGCUGCAGCUACCAAUUUAGAUACUUGACAGGCACACGGUCAUAUCGCUAUCCCAUAUACUGUUGCUUAUUGUCAAACCACAAGAGUGGAUUUGUUUGGAUAGCCGCAAGUUGGGGAUUAGUGUGACAACGCUCAGCCAAGGUCGGCUUGUGGCCGCGCCGCUCAGGCGUUGCCCGAGUCAUGUCGCAUCUAGAUGACGAUUAUCUUGGCCAGGAUGGCCAGGACGUCGACGCCAAUGACCUCAACAGAGAGCUAUUCGGUGAGGAGAGUGACGACGAGCAGGCGCUGCCCGGCAGCCACCAGCAGCGGGCUCAGGAGGAGCAGGUGCUGGAGGAUGAGGACGUGGAGAUAGAUGAGGAGGCGGAGCUGGAGGACACGGGGGAGAGCAGCGAGGAUGAGCGGCGACCCGGGAAGAAGGCGGCCAAAGGGGGGAAUGCGCUGCGCAAGAAGCGAGAAGCGGGUGGAAAGGAGGACAAACCAAAGAAGAAGCGCCAGCGUACCUCGGAUGCUGACAAGGGCGACAGGGCCAAGCGGGGCGGGGCGAGGGGCGGCGAGCGGGAGGCUCCCGGGCUCGCCCGGUCGCGGCUGCGGCGCUCCGCCGGGGCGGCUGGCGGCUCCCCGGGCGGUAUCGCGGGGCAGGAUGGCCACAGCGGCCCCGUGGCGGCGGGCGACAGGUCGCACAUCCUUGACGAGGACGAGCGGAGCGAGGACAUGCAGGAGGCGGAUGCGGACCGGGCCUUCAUUGACGAUGAGGGUGUGGAGCCGGCUGGCAGCGACGACGAGGGUCCGCGUGUGGUCGCUGACGAGGCGGAGGAGGCGCUAGAUGCGGACGAGGACCACCCGUUCAAGCGGAAGCGGAAGAAGGAGCAGAAGGGCAAUGUUGAGCUCGAGAUCAAGGAGAUGCUGGGUAAGAUGGAGGCGGCCAUGGAGCACGACUUUGAGACGGUGGCUCGCAACUCGGGUCUGGAGCUGAAGAAGGACAGCUCCGACAACCUGGUGACGGACGCGGAGGGGCACUACGUGGUGGCGCGCAAGGGGCCGCCGCCGGCGUCCAAGAGCCCAGCCAUCAGCAAGCUCAGGAUGCUGCAGGAGCUGGAGCACUUCCUGGCGCAGCGCAAGUACCACGAGAGCUUCCUGCAGCAGGGCGGGCUGGGCGUGCUGAAGGGCUGGCUGGAGCCCUACUUUGAUGGCACGCUGCCCAACGUGCGCGUGCGAACCGCGGUGCUGAAGGGCCUGCAGGCGCUGCCUAUCGACACGACGCACGAGGACCACAAGGAGAUGCUGCGCAAGUCGCAGCUGGGUAAGAACGUGAUGUUCCUGUUCAAGUGCACCGAGGAGACCCCGGACAACCGGCGCAUCGCCAAGGAGCUGGUGCACCGCUGGAGCCGACCCAUCUUCUACGACCAGGAGGCUGAGGAGGCCAAGAAGCGGCUGCACCAGCAGCAGCUGCUGGAGGCUCGGCGCAUGGAGCUGGACCGGCGCGGCCAUGAUCAGGGGGGCACUGCCGCAGCGGCGGUGCGCAACAAGGCCAUGCGCAUUCACGCGCUUAUCCCCCAGGCCUCCAAGCUGGACUACGUCAAUAACCCCGGGGCGGCCAGGGACUUCAACGAGUCUGAGAUGGCGGCCGCGGCAGUAGCGGGGCCCAAGGCCAAGCAGGUGGAUGCGCUGACGAAGCGCCUGCGGGAGCAGCAGAAGAAGCUGCGGGACGGCAACGCGCGGGCGAUGAAGCCUAGCGUGGAAGGGCGAAACAUUGUACUGAUGAAGUAGGGAGGUGAACUGCGAGGGAUGGCGCGGGAGGUGGCGUUGGUGCGGUUGACGUUGCUGGGGUACCGGUACGCGACGCGUCUGGGCAAGUUUUGUGGACAGCUUUUGUGUGCUACCGAGCACUAUUUGAGAAACAGUUUUAGUAUUAGCUUGCAGCAUGUCGCUCACGUAGCGCUUAAUGCAGGGGAGUCAGAACGACUCACGUGCGACAGACAGGAUGUACACUAGCUGACUGGGUUUUACUUUAUUUGUUGCAUCAUGUAACAUGGUGCGUGCCGUCCUUGCUUUGCCGCGAUAGUAAUCAGGAAAGCUUGGUUUUUGUCAUACGGCUUGAGACGAUGCAAAACGGGCGGAGGGGAUAAACACGGCAAUGCAACGAGACUGUAGGCCGAGAGGUAACUAGAGGAACGCACCGCCCGGUGGAGGGCAUGGGGUCCGGGGGAGCUGGCGGGCUCAGCGCCGCGUUGCACAUCCAUCCUCUUCAACAGGGAAACGAUGGUGCAGAGGCUGGUGAGUAGGAGGAGCGCUGCCCCUAAGGCUGGACAGGCGAAUACCAACGUAAUGGCCCCCCGCGCGUGCGGCCAUCGCCUUGUUAAACAAACGCCGCCCA